AUGUUAGGGCGAUUGCUGCUUGCAUCUGCCUGGGUUAGUGUUGCGUAUCCAGAACUUUGCAAACCAGAUGCACAGAAUGCUUUCAAAGUGCGGCUUAGUAUCAAAACAGCUCUAGGAGACAAUGCAUAUAGCUGGGAUGCUACUGAAGAAUAUCUAUUUAAAGCAGUGGUGGCUUUUGCUAUGAGGAGAUACUCCAGUCAAGAAACAACCCAAAUUUCCAAUGUAUUGCUGUGCAAUAUAACAGAUCGGGUAUCAUUUUGGUUCGUCGUCACUGAUUCAUUCACAAAUGCAACAACUAUUCCCCGGACUGAUGUGGAAGCAGCCAUAAGGAUGAACAGAAACCGAAUCAACAGUGCUUUUUUACUAAAUGAUGACACAUUGCAGUUCUUGGAAAUUUCAUCAACUUUUGCUCCACCGGUUGAGCACUCUGUGCCAACUUGGCUGAUUGUAUUUGGUGUUGUUCUUUGCAUUAUUGCGGUUGGAAUCGUUUUCCUGAUAACAUCUGGAAUCCAUCAACGCAAGAGAUACAAGAAGCAGCCUGAAGAAACAGAAGGUUUAGAAGAGAAAUGUGGAACAGCCAUAAUUAUGGAAAAUGGAAUUCCCUGUGAUUCCUUAGAUUUAAAAGCUGGCCAGAUUAAUGGAGUCUAUGCAGCAGCAGAUGAUGAACGGUUCACACCCUUAUGA